AUGAAUGAGCUCGCGAAAAACUCCGGCGCCAAAUGCGACACCCUCAAGACAUUGUGGCUGGCGCGACCGCCGACACGGGUUCGCGUGAUCUUGGCCACGAACAGAGCAGAAAUGAAACUUGAAAACCUUGCCGAAAUGGCCAACAAGGUGAUGGACAAUCUAUGCAACGGAAAGCUGUUGGCCGUGGAUGAUGGCUCAGCCCGCAGCUCGUCGUUGUCCCCAACCGUGGCAGAGGUGAACGUCGAGCUGUUGACACAGAUGAAGACCAUGGCACUGGAGCUCAAGACGCUGCGCAGUGAGGGAAACGCCAUCAACAAUUGCGAUCAUAACAAUGGUGGUAGGCGAUGCGUAACCGUUCUCGUACCAGGUUCCGUACACCGCAACAGACGCCACGCAGUAAAGACUGGUUGUGCCGGUACCACUUCCGAUACCGCGAGGCGUCACGAUGGUGCGAGUCUUCCUGCAAUUGGAAGAAGACUAACUACGACAACAAGCAGGAUCUAA